CGACCAGCCGCCAUUUUACAAUUGGGCUCCCGGGGCCGCUGGACUGGGUGGCAGGAGAGGGGGGGGGGGACAGUAAGUGUGGCGGAGGGAGAGACCCGGGAGGGAAAGCUCGAAGGCGUUGGCUGCUAGCGGUUUGAAGUUAGCACACACUGUUCCUCCUCCCCUUUCCCCUCCCUCCUUGGGCCGCCGCUGAGAUGAGUAGCUCGGAUAACCAGACGGACGGUAACGAGAUGAAGAAGCAGGGUGGCAGCGUGCUCAAUAGGAUAAAGAGCAGGAAGAACCCUGAGCCCGAUGGCUUGACUCCGGUCACCGAGGCCGAGCUGUUGCAGAAGGACUGCAUCAACCCGAUCAACGUGCUGUGCCUACAGAAUGCUACCGAGACCUACUUGUGCAAGCCUGAAGACAACAUUUACAACAUUGACUUCACACGGUUUAAGAUUCGAGAUAUGGAAACCGGGACGGUUUUGUUUGAAAUUGCCAAGCCACCAUCCUCCGAGCUAGAAGACGAUGAUGAUGAGAACGGAGGAAUGGAUUCCAGUUCUGGACGAUUUGUUCGUUAUCAGUUCACUCCUGCUUUCUUGAGACUGAGAACAGUUGGUGCAACGGUAGAAUUUACAGUUGGGGACAAGCCUGUGAAUAGCUUCAGAAUGAUUGAAAGACAUUACUUCAGGGAGAGGCUGUUGAAGAGUUUCGAUUUCGACUUUGGAUUCUGUAUUCCUAACAGCAGAAACACAUGCGAGCACAUAUAUGAAUUCCCUCAACUUUCUGAAGAAAUUAUCCAAGAGAUGGUGGACAAUCCUUAUGAUACACGGUCUGACAGUUUUUACUUUGUGGACAGCAAGCUGAUCAUGCACAACAAGGCAGAUUAUGCAUAUAAUGGAGGACAGUAGUGAAUCUGUGCAAAAUGUAUAUUUCAGCAGCGACACCUCCCAUUCAGUCUAAGUCUGCACUGAUAAUGAAGAGGUUGGCUUUUUGGCUGUGUGAAUUAAUUACCUUUUAUCAUUUCUAUGCAUUCUGUACCAGAGGGAAAUUGGUUCAGUUUACUAAAGUGAUUCAGACUUUGAGCUGGAAAUUCCACCCAUCAAUGUAUGUAUUGUUUCCUAUACCUAAAAUGAAUGCGUAGUUGUGAUGAAAGAUUCCUCAUAAGAGAAGUACCUAUAUUUUUCUGUAUUUAUAGUAAAAGAUUCACGCCACUGAGUUUGAACAUGGCUUUGCACUAUGUUCAAGUAUGGGUGGAAGAUUCUAGAGGUAGUUUGAUUAGCGGUCCAAAUAAUACCCCAUUUAAACAAAAAUGGUUGCAGUCUGCUUGGCCACCUUCUUUCUGUUACAGUGCACAUUUUUCUAAAAACAAAAUCCAUUUACUUUGUGACCACAUUGCAGUACUUCAAAUCUUCCAUGGAGCAGUAUCCAGACCAAACUUGAAUAUUUACAUUGAAUGUUACAUAUUUAUCACCAGCUGGAGUUUAAGUCUUCUCAAAGAAUUAAAUGCAAAGACUUGCAAAAUUGUUUAUUUUUACAUUGAAAAAAAAUCUUCACAAAAUGUGGUUGUCUUGGUUUCCAAUUCAGACAUUGCAUAUCAUUUUUUUAUUUUAAUGAUCUGAUCCCUUCUAGGUCCAUGAAUGCUUUUUCAUAUUAAUUGUUAAAUGUGAGUAACAAAGUGAGCACCAUUUAAAAACUACUUACAGCGUUAUUGAGGAAUAUAGUUUUGUGAUAGUCCAAACUAUUGUGGGCCACCAAAGGUUCCUGGAUUUAUUUAAUUUUCUUGUUUCCCAUAUCAGCUAUAAAUCUUCAUCUAGCAAAAAGAAAUGACUUUCAUGUAUGCGAUUAUAUGAAAAUUGCUAUCUCAAUCCUAGAUUAAACUUUGAAGUUUCAAAACAGAAAUAUAAUAUUUAUUAGUUUCAUUAAUUUCCUUUAUAAUUUGCAAAACUCUGUUCUAAUUCUGUACCAUAGUUUACAAGUCAGAAAAGUUGGUUAUAAGGGAUACAAAAAAAGGUCAAUGAGUUAAAAAUCUGCAUUUUAAUUUAGCCUAUGUGACUGAUUUCCAUAUAAUUCCAUUGACAUGACUUGAAUGUAUUUACCAAUGUUGUAAGUGAUUAUGUUGAAGGCACAAUUUAGAUGAAACUGAAAUAAUUUCAUAUUUCUUAGUUUCUGUCUGCUUUAAGUUAAGAUAUGUAAUAGCUACCUUCAGCACACCAUUUUGUAUAUUACUAGAAUAUCUGCCUAAAACUUGAGACCCAUUUGUUAAUUUUAUAGUUUGCAUCCUAUAACAAAACCUUCUGAUUACUGCUAAAUCUUUUAUGGCUUGGCUUGUAGUAAAAAGCAGCUGAGAGUUAAAACCUAUGGGUUCUCAGAUCUAAUUACAGACUUUACAGGUAUUCCACUUCUGAUAUAAAUUUUAGAUUGCAAAUGCCAGAAAAGUCUAUUACAAGUACUUAGCAUCUUUGCACUGAUAUCAUUCUGAACACAGAAGAAUCUGAUAUUGUCUCUAUUUUACAGUCAAAGACGAAAGAAGCUGCUUGGGACUCAUAUGAAUGCCAGUUGAGUCAAAGAGAUGCCAGCCUUAGUUCAGAUUUGGAGUUGCUUGCAUUUGAUCUGUGAGCACUUUUUACAAUUUAGGUGAUACCUAGUCAUUGAUGGGCUCAAGAGUAUUUGUUAAAGGUAUUAGGGUUGUUGUUUCAUACUUGGUUGAUCUUAAAAGGAAAAUCUCUGAACAUGUUGAUAGUGCGAUACUGCUGUCAGUAUUUUCACCAGACUCAGUUUUGUUUUUAAAUAGGCAAUCUUACCAACAGGUCAUUGAAUAGUCAAGGUAGAGAUGGACUGGUUAACUGGUAAUUUAGAAACAUAGUUUAAAUAGUGACAUGAAGAACUUUUAUCAAUGUGAUUUAAUGCUAUCAAUAGUUGAAUGUUAUCAUUUUCCACCAUUGCAUUGAUAGUUUCCCUGAGACUUUCUGUUACUUCCAUACCAGUAAUAUACUGAUGCCACAGCAGGAAUUGCAAUGGUUGAUGUCCCUUGAUGCAAAAAGUAAGUUCAUUUACAUAUAUUGUUUGGGACUCCAAAGUAUUGGAGUAAAUUUCAAUUUGUAACCUUUCAAGCGUUCUUCCCCAAUCUGCCUAUUUCUAUCUUUCUUUUGUUGUCUUUUCUCUGUACUUCUCAGCAAAAGAAAAUCCCCCAAAGAUCUAGCAAACAUCACUGAGAGAGAAACCAUAAGGCAGGAGCUUGAAUGUGGUUGAUUGAAACUGUUGCUGAACCAAGAGUCUGUUAAUAUGAAAUGGUGAAGUUGGCUGUUUUUUUUUGUUAGAUGGUGAGGGGGCUUAAGGAAAUCAGACUUCCUUUGAAAAGACUGGAAAAUGCAAUUUCGUUAUUGAAUUUGUUGUUUUCACUAGCCUAGGACAGUUUGGAUCUCAUGGCUCCUUAUGUAGAUCUACUCGUAUCUGGUCUCUGAGCAUGAAGUAACAUUACCAUAGGGGGCAAAUAUGUUUACAUCUGGUAACAUUUGUUUUGGGUAGAAGCUAUGAGUUAAUUUUGGUUUGAUCACACCUUUUUGUUUGCCUAGACAAGUGAGGAAUAACAGUAAAUCUAUUUCAUGUAAAAUAUCAGCAACUUUAUUAUUCUGUCAGCUGGUGUUCUUUGGUAGUUUUGCACCUUUUUGUAUUUUUAACUGUAUACUUCUGAUUUCUGAUCUACCUCUGGCAAGAAAAUUUGUGGAUAUUGUUUGUAUUUCUGAGCUGUUACCUGGCAUUGCCAGGAAUCAGAAGUGUAUGUAUAAGCAGUUUUUAUCUUGUUGCUUUUACUAUUGGUUGCUUUGUAUGAUAAAAUCACAAUAUAUCGAACCUGCUUGCACUCAGUUGCCAACAUGAUUACCUAAAUUUUGAAAUAUUUAUGAAAAAUUGAAAUACUGUAAUUCCUAUGUAUACCUGUGCUGAUUCCAGAUAUUCACUUGAUACUUUUGCAGUUGCAAUUUUUCAUUUGGAAGUAUUUAAAAGAGGGAGUCUUACUUCAUCAGUUUGGAGUCUGUUUUGGCCUUCUCACUCAAUUUUACCUCCAUGUGGAAGUUUGAUGUGAAUUGAUGCACAAUUUAUUCUGAUUUUCAAUGCAGAAUGUUGGGUUCUUCUGUAAAGUUCCACCACUCUGCUACUACAAAUUCUGAUCAAUUUUAUCCUUUUGUUUACCCAGCUUGGUGCACCAAUUUGUGCAUUUUUUUCCAUGUUAAAAGACUUGAAUUGGUGCCACUUAACACUUUUUCUUCAUUCCCCACCAUAAAUUAAGUGGAUUCCUCACUGGAUCAGCUUUUUUUUUUACCCUUUGUUCUAAAAGAGAAAAUAGAAAAUUCCAGAGUUGCUUUAAUUUGGAGGUCUAUAUUUAUGAAGUUAUUUUUCAUUGCAACCAUAUAGUCAACAGCAAGUGAAAUUAUAACAUGAACAGUAGUAAUCAUCAUUUUUCAGCUGUUAGAAAAUGAAUGUUAUCUUUCUGUGCAUAUGUUGCCAUUAGUUGACAGCAUUUGUCUUAAAUUUUCAGAAAUGAUAAUUUUAAAAAUCAUUGUUUUUAGAAAGAAUUGGUAAAGGUAUGAUAUGGCAAUUCUUUGCUGUGAUUUCCCCUAAGUCCCUUUACAUGAUUAUUUCAUUCUACCCUAGAACAAAAUUACAUUUGUUCCACAACCAUUGCAGUAGAAUUUUGUCUUCAGUUCAGCAUUACAAUUCUUUUAACAAAAGAACACCUGAUAACAGUUUUGCAUUGGUCUUCAAAUGGAGCUAUAAUACAGCCUAAAAAAAUCUAUUUAGUGCUUUAUUUGCAAUAGGAAAGCUUUGUAAUUUUUACUUUUAUUUUCAGAGAAAAUGGAAAAGAGGUGGAGAUACUUGCAAUGUAUUGAGUUUCUUAAAGAGAUUAAUUUAUUUCCUAAUUCCCUAGUGGACUAAUUCCUAACACUUAAUUCUGAAUACUUUGUUUCCAGCUUACAGGCUGGGAUUCCUGAACUCUUCAAAAGCCUAAGCAAGUUGAUGCUUAGUUCUACUGGGAAAAUUAAUUGGAUGAAUGGUGGAAGCAAAAUAUGAAACCAGUUAGGAUCAUUUGCACUAUACUAAGAAAUUCCAUCAAAUACAUUAACUUUGUACUUCCUUUUCCUUUAUUGGUUUUCCUUUUAAUCAAUUAUCCACCACAGAAAAGAUAACCUGGCAUUCAGCUUUCCAUUGAUAUUACUGCAUUGCACAAGCUUUCCUAUUUUGCUGUAUAAGUCAAUGCAAAAUGGCAUAAACUAAUAAAGUCCAGAUUGAGGGGGAAAAAUAUCAAGAUUGCUUUCUUGUUAGCAAGAAAAGUCCAUCUGGUAUUCAAUCAUACAAUAAAUAUAUCUGGUUUACUGGCUUUGGAUGACUGAAACAUUGAUGACUUGGUCUUCACAUAUUGUGUUUCUCACCUUUCUGUAUAGAUCUGGGGUUAUAAUGCAACAGAGGAAGUGAAAUCCAGUUGCCUGUUGUAAUUUCUAUUCUUAAAGCCAAUAAUUUGUGACAACAAUUGACUGGAUUUCUAAAGUAUGUUUGUCUGAGGAUGCCUGGGUGUGACUAUUCGUGUUACUGAAUUGCAAUUUCAUUGUUGACUCUGUGUCCAUUGGCUUCUGUUUAGAGGGGUGCAGUGCUAUGUACAUUAAGUGUUGCUAUUUUUGUUGGUGGAAAAGUUUCUAUUGUACCAAACACCUCUACUGUGAAUUUCCUGUCCCUUGGCACGUGCUGACAGAAUUUGGAUGAGAUUGAAUGCACCAAGUUAGAGCAGUAAACUUUUGAAUAUUGGCCACUGUAUUUAUCACUCAUUCGUCUGGAUUCUCUGCAAUGAAAUUCAAGGUGUUCAAACCAUACGUAUAAAUUGAAAGCUCAAGUAUUUUUUUUUCAGGGGUUAUUUCCAAAAAUACUUUUUAAAAACUAAAAUGUUCAUUUGAACAAGCCUCAGAUGCUAAAACCAAUUGGGAAUGCAUGCACAAUAAAGCAGUUUGGGAAAUUUUGCCUGGUGAUGAUAUGAUGUAAGGGUUCUUGUAUUUGCAUCCAAAUCUAUCUCUAAUAUGUUUGGUGUUUCAUUUGUAUCUUACGCGGUUUCUUUUUCAUUUGUUUCACUGUUUCAUCAAUCAAAACUUCGUCCAUUCCAUAUUGGUACCAAAUUGAAUUGGUGAUGUGAAAUGUAUUUUGGGGACUUUUAUGAAGGGUAAUGAAUGUCACUGAGUAAAUCUUAUAUUUUUGAACAAUAAUUUGUUUAAUAUUUUCACAGGAAAUGUAAGAUGCAUAAAUUCACAUCUGUAACUGGAUGCUUUGUAAUUGCAUUAGAAUGUUGAACUGUAUUUUGUAACACCCUGUCAUCAAUUUUUCAUGUUUUAAAGUGAUAGGUGGCUUGUUUGUAUAAAAUGUUAUUUUGUCACGACAGAAUAGUAAUAAAGAUUUUUGAUUUUC